GGUCAUGAAAAGUCGAUCAUCCCGCAGUGCUGUCAAAAGUUGCAGUCUCGUCUGCAAUCAAUUUGCAUUUGUAGGUGUUUUAUUUGUAUUUUUGUACAUAAAUAUUUCCCAAAAUGUUGCUCCCAAAUGCUCAAUGAUAUAGCAAAUCCGUGAAUAGUGUGUCAAUAUCAUGUGGAAGUGCAGAAAAUGCGGCAAAAGUGUUUAUUUCGCCGAACGGAAGCAGUCUCUGGGCUAUGAUUGGCAUCCGGAAUGCUUGCGGUGCGAGGAAUGUGGCAAGCGACUGAAUCCUGGACAACAUGCUGAGCAUAAAGGUGUGCCUUAUUGCCACGUUCCAUGCUACGGCGCCCUUUUUGGACCUCAGUUGUUCGGCCACGGAACUCGAGUGGAGUCCCACAAGAGUUUCGGUCAGAAUCCCAAAGGGGAUGCCAAGCAACUGCCCAAUGGGCCCUCAAUCCCUCGCGAUCACCUGGACGUAAAGGUCAAAGCGUACAACCAAUUUUUCGACAAUAAAAGCAUGGAGAUUCGCUCCAGGGAAGUCAAUGGGCGUCUGGUGCUCGAGGGAGCUCUGAGGGUUUACUGGGGAGUCCAGGGUGUGAUCCAUCUCAAAGAGGAUGAUGAUCAGAGGACUGUGGUGACGGUGAGAAAGAGGAAUUCAUGUAGGUACAGGAACUCAAUGGAAGUGGAUCCAUUGAGUGAAUUUUCGGACAAUGCAGCGACUCUGGUCAGUCCGACUGUGGACAUGAGUGCUUCGAUGACGUCUGAAGAUGGACUGGAUUUGUCCACUUCGGACAGUACCACUUGCGAUACUUGCACGUGGUCAGAAGAUUUAGUGCCAACAAGUGAGAAUUCUUCCAAAGAUGUUUCCCCAACGCAAAAAUCUGCGACGCUACCGCCAAAAUUGGACGUGAAGCAGCUGGAUUGGGAUGAAAUUGAUGAUUUGCUGCAGGUGGAGAGGAGAGUGGAUGAUACUGAGAAGCCUUUCCGGACAAUGCCAUCACCACUGCCAUCGCAAUCUAGCACAGAAAUGUCUUCAGCUCAGACACUCUCCCAGGAUUUCACACCAGAUUCUCUCAAUACCCAGAAUUCCAGCGAGGAGCAACUGAUCACAGCUGCCACUCACUUCAGUGAGGACACAGAGGAAAGCACUGAUUGCAGUACACUCAAACCCGAAGAUUUUGAGGAUUUCAAGAAGCGCAUCGCCGAGGAAUUCAUCAAUGGAACAAAUAUGAUGGGCAAUACCAAUGAUGGAACACUCAAGUCCAAUCAACCGAUUGAUCCAUCGCGAAUCAACGACUCCCUCAAACUCUACAGCGAAAAUAUUAUGAGCCAGAGUUUCAAUGGAGUGCCGUCAAUGGGGAACGAGUCAUACGAAAUAGACUUUGAGAAUGCUUUCAAACCAUAUGAAACUUUGGGUGGGAAUGUCGGCCCAUCCCGUCGUGCCAAGAUUAGGGCAAUUGGUGGCCUCCAGAAGUCAGAAUCGGCCUCAACAUGCACAGAUACUUCCGACACUGAUACCCUUGUUCAGGGGCAACUGUGUAAGUCAAAGUCUGGCCCCAAUUGCUUUGCCUACGGGGAAGAUGAUGAAGAUGUGCCAACCCUCAAACCAUCCACUGUAAAGAGGAAUCCCAAUUAUGAACGGAAGGGGGUGUCAAUCAAGAUGGACUGCUAUGAUGAGCUACAGACAUCAUCUGAUAGCACGCCACUGAAUGAAAACAGCCCAAAUGGCGGGGUGCCGAGGAAUGGGGGGGAUAGUGAGGAGGGAGUUGUUUUGAGGAAACCACCAAAGACAGGAUCUACCGCAAUUAAACGCAGAUCGGGCAAUAGGCGUUCACGGACAAAGCUCAAGAGACGGUGCUCAAUCAAUGGACAUUUCUACAAUCGGGAAACGUCCUUCUUCACACCACCCCGUGGCUCAAUGAUGAGUGUCUGGAUAACAUCUCUGGUGGAUACGAAAGAGAUUAUAAAUCUUCUGCUAGAAAAAUACAAAGUAGACAGUCGUCCGGAAAACUUUGCUCUGUUCAUUGUGAAGGACAAUGGCGAGCAGCGUCGUCUGAAAGAGGAUGACUAUCCGUUGCUGGUGCGUGUCAUGUUGGGUCCCCAUGAAGAUGUAGCUCGCAUCUUCCUGGUUGAUUCCCACGAAACACCAGAAAUCAGCAGCGAAGUGGCCCAAUUUCUCAAUUUAUCCCUCUCGGAAUGCAGAUCCAUCCUCGAUCGCUACAGCGAAGAGCAAGAGCGCGAAGUGGCUCGAAUUAGAGAAAAGUACGGAGAGAUGCGGAAGAGGAUCAUUCAGCGCAUGGAAUCUCUCAAAGUCCGUUUGUAAUACGAUAAAGGUAACACUUUCACUAGCCAUUAAGCCAGGAACAUUAAAAAAAAAUAACCAUUCAUUAAAAAGAUGGGAAAAGACGUCUCAGCAAUAAUUUAAAAAAAGGUUUACUAAAGUGAAUAUUUGCUGGUAAGAAUUCUACAAAUUAGAGUUGAAAUUUUUAGUGGUUCUUUUUUGAAUAUUUUUUUUAGGUGUUCUAAAAAGAAAUUACAAGGUCUAAUUUUUGAUAAUUCUAAUGAUUUUAGUGACUAAAAUUUUUUAAAUUAACAUAUCAAUUGAGAUUUUGAGAAUGAUAUAAAUUAAUUAUUGUGCCCAUUUUUUACCAUUUAAUUGCCUAUAAAGUUUUUUUUUUAAAAAGCACUUACCUUGCACAAAAAGUUUUUUAUGCGAUUUACCUGCAAUUGCUUUAACAACAGAGUACUUGGAAAAAGAAGCAAAUCACUUGUGUUUAAAUCUACAUCACCAUCAAUCGUAAGUUAUUCAACAAAGUGUAACGAAUUAAAUCGGUGAAAUUUCAUUUGCGCUCGAAAUAAACUCUAUGAAUAUUGCUACAAUGUGGCAUAAAAGUCAUGAUUUCAA